AUGGGUAUCGACCCCGGGGAUCACAAUGGCCAGGCAGCACGGUUAUCUCACUCGCCGCUUUGUUCUUAUAGUUCAAGUGUUGGCCCGCAUUGUGACUCCCCACACCUCCUCCCCCGCGCCUCCUCCCCGCGCCUCCUCCCCACGCCUCCUUCCCACGCCUCCUCCCUACGCCUCCUCCCUACGCCUCCUCCCCCGUGCCUCCUCCCCGCGCCUCCUCCCUACGCCUCCUCCCCCGUGCCUCCUCCCCGCGCCUCCUCCCUACGCCUCCUCCCUACGCCUCCUCCCCACGCCUCCUCCCCCGCGCCUCCUGCCCGCGCCUCCUCCCCGCGCCUCCUCCCCGCGCCUCCUCCCCCGCGCCUCCUGCCCGCGCCUCCUGCCCGCGCCUCCUCCCCCACGCCUCCUCCCCGCGCCUCCUGCCCGCGCCUCCUCCCCCGCGCCUCCUCCCCGCGCCUCCUUCCCACGCCUCCUCUCCGCGCCUCCUCCCCACGUCUCCUCCCCGCGCCUCCUCCCCGCGCCUCCUCCCCCACGCCUCCUCCCCACGCCUCCUCCCCGCGCCUCCUGCCCGCGCCUCCUCCCCGCGCCUCCUUCCCACGCCUCCUCCCCGCGCCUCCUGCCCGCGCCUCCUCCCCGCGCCUCCUCCCCCGCGCCUCCUCCCCCACGCCUCCUCCCCGCGCCUCCUGCCCGCGCCUCCUGCCUCCUCCCCCACGCCUCCUCCCCGCGCCUCCUGCCCGCGCCUCCUCCCCCACGCCUCCUGCCUCCUCCCCCACGCCUCCUCCCCGCGCCUCCUGCCCGCGCCUCCUCCCCCACGCCUCCUCCCCGCGCCUCCUGCCCGCGCCUCCUCCCCCACGCCUCCUCCCCGCGCCUCCUGCCCGCGCCUCCUCCCCCACGCCUCCUGCCCGCGCCUCCUCCCCCGCGCCUCCUCCCCCGCGCCUCCUCCCCCGCGCCUCCUCCCCCGCGCCUCCUCCCCGCGCCUCCUCUCCCGCGCCUCCUCCCCCGCGUCUCCUCCCCGCGCCUCCUCCCCCGCGCCUCCUCCCCGCGCCUUCUCUCCCGCGCCUCCUCCCCCGCGCCUCCUCCCCGCGCCUCCUCCCCACGCCUCCUCCCCACGCCUCCUCCCCCGCGCCUGCUCCCCCGCGCCUCCUCCCCGCGCCUCCUCCCCCGCGCUUCCUCCCCGCGCCUCCUCCCCCGCGCCUCCUCCCCCGCGCCUCCUCCCCGCGCCUCCUCCCACGCGCAUCCUCUCCCCACGCCUCCUCCCCCGCGCCUCCUCCCCCGCGCCUCCUCCCCGCGCCUCCUCCCCCGCGCCUCUUCCCCGCGCCUCCUCCCGGCUCCUACUAUGCCAUAAAAGGCUCCUACUAUGCCAUAAAAGGCUCCUACUAUGCCAUAAAAGGCUCCUACUAUACCAUAAAAGGCUCCUACUAUGCCAUAAAAGGCUCCUACUAUACCAUAAAAGGCUCCUACUAUACCAUAAAAGGCUCCUACUUUGCCAUAAAAGGCUCCUACUAUACCAUAAAAGGCUCCUACUAUGCCAUAAAAAGCUCCUACUAUACCAUAAAAGGCUCCUACUAUACCAUAAAAGGCUCCUACUAUGCCAUAAAAAGCUCCUACUAUACCAUAAAAGGCUCCUACUAUGCCAUAAAAGGCUCCUACUAUACCAUAAAAGGCUUCUACUAUGCCAUAAAAGGCUCCUACUAUGCCAUAAAAAGCUCCUACUAUGCCAUAAAAGGCUCCUACUAUGCCAUAAAAGACUCCUACUAUGCCAUAAAAGGCUCCUACUAUGCCAUAAAAGGCUCCUACUAUACCAUAAAAGGCUCCUACUAUGCCAUAAAAGGCUCCUACUAUGCCAUAAAAGGCUCCUACUAUGCCAUAAAAGGCUCCUACUAUGCCAUAAAAGGCUCCUACUAUACCAUAAAAGGCUCCUACUAUGCCAUAAAAGGCUCCUACUAUACCAUAAAAGGCUCCUACUAUGCCAUAAAAGGCUCCUACUAUACCAUAAAAGGCUCCUACUAUACCAUAAAAGGCUCCUACUAUGCCAUAAAAGGCUCCUACUAUACCAUAAAAGGCUCCUACUAUACCAUAAAAGGCUCCUACUAUACCAUAAAAGGCUCUACUAUGCCAUAA